AUGACCGUAGAAACCAUCGUCUUGAACACCGGAGCUCAGCUUCCGCUCUUCGGACUCGGCACGUGGCAAGCCAAGGACGAGACCGAGUUGAGGGUGGCUCUGAGAGCCGCUCUCGAUGCGGGAUACAGGCUCAUCGGUCAGUUCAACAGCUCUUUCGAAAUUCUUUGAACCAAAACACUUUCAGACACUGCCUUCCUCUAUCAGAAUGAGCACAUCAUCGGAGAAGUGCUUCACGAGUACAUCUCCUCCGGAAAAGUAAAGCGUGAGGAUCUCUUCAUUACUUCGAAGCUUCCAUUCACGGCCCACGCUCCGGAAGACGUGCCAAAGUGUGUGGAGCACCAGCUGAAGGCCCUGCAACUCGACUACAUCGACCUCUAUCUGAUCCACUGCCCGUGCCCAUUCAAGCACCAGGACGGCAACUUCCUUCCGCUCGUGGAAGACGGAGGCUUCGUCAUCGACGGCACUUCGCACAUUGACACGUGGAGAGCACUCGAGAAGUUGUAUCACGAGAAGAAAUUAAGAGUACGCAGAAUGAAGAUGGGAAUCGAAAUAUCAUAAUAUCAUUACAGGCGAUCGGUGUGUCCAACUUCAGCCCGAAACAACUUCAGGCGCUCUACGAUGCUGCUGAAGUGAAGCCAGCCAACAAUCAGGUCGAGUGCCACAUCUACUGGCCGCAGACGGAGCUCCGUGAUCUCUGCAAGAAGCUCGGAGUGACCCUGACCGCGUACGCUCCUCUCGGCUCUCCAGGCAGAAAGGCUGCUCGUCCGGACGGCGUCUGGCCAGAGGGUGACCCGCUGCUCGAGCCCGUCGUACAACAACUGGCAGCCAAGUACCACAAAACGGCUGCGCAGGUUCUGAUCCGUCACCUGACUCAACAGGGAAUCUCUGCCAUUCCAAAGAGUGUCAACCCCGACAGAAUUGUCGAGAACAUUUCUACCUUUGACUUCAAGCUGAGCCCAGAAGACGUGCAGCUUCUGGACAACGUUCCGAGCAGAAUCCGUCUGUUCAUUUUCGAUUUGUUAGUUCUUCCAUCUUCGCAAUCCUCAUUCUUAUCAGCAUCUUUCAGCGCCGUCAACCAUCCGCUUUUCCCCCACGAUGACGUCGACACUUCUGCCGUCCCAAAGAUCGCCUUCAAGCUCCACUAG